AUUGAUAAUCUGACUCCCAAAGUAUUGACCUUCAUCAUUACCCUGGUUGGGCUGAUUGGAAAUGCAUCUGUCAUCUGGUUUUUGGGUUUCUGCAUGCACAGAAAUACAUUUUACACCUACAUCCUAAACCUAGCUGUGGCUGACUUCCUCUAUCUCUGCUUCCAUAUCGCUGAUGUCAUACAUACAGAAGUCAUCAGAAUCUUCCUUCACAUUUCCAUCCGUAUACAUAUCAUCAUACAAACUGGGACAAACAUUUUCUACAUUGCAGGGCUGAGCAUGCUGAGCGCUAUUAGUACUGAGCGCUGCCUGUCAGUCCUAUGGCCCAUUUGGUACCACUGCCAUCGCCCAAGACACCCAUCAGCUGUCAUAUAUGCCUUGCUUUGGGCCCUGUCCAUGUUUCUGAGCAUCCUAGAAGCAGUUGUUUGUUUAUAUCUUCCUACAAAUCUAGUUCUUUGUGAAAAAGUUGCAUUUACUAUAGCUGCAUGGCUUGUUCUUUUAUUUGUGGUUCUCUCAGUGUCUAGCCUGGCCCUGCUGGGUAGCAUGCUCUGUGGAUCCCAGAAGGAGCCUAUUAACAGGCUCAGUGUUACCAUUAUGCUCACAGUAUUGGUUUUCCUCUUAUGUGGUCUGCCCUUUGGUGUCUUCUUUUUCCUGUAUUACAGGAUUGACUAUAGUUACCAUGUACAUUAUUGCCUUUAUAUGGUUUCAAGUAUUUUGUCCUGUGUUAACAGCUCUGCCAAUCCCAUCAUUUACUUCUUUGUUGGCUCCUAUCGGCAGCGGGUUCAGAGGUGGAACCUAAAGCUGGUGCUUGAGAGGGCUCUGCAGGACACUCCUGAUGAGGGUGAAUGUGGAGGCAGCCUUUCCCAGGGAACCCUGGAGAUGUCAGGCAGCAGAGUGGAACAGGGAUGA